AUGCCCGCCUUUUGUUUCAAAACUCUGAAACUCUCUCUUUCAGAAACUUCACUCAAGCUUCGAUUUUUCUCACUCCAUGUUCGGUUCUUUAAGUCCCAUACAAAAAUUUCCAAAACCCAUCACUUUAAACUCGCAUUAGAUGACUCUCAACUUCUCCGCUGCCUCUCCCAACAAAAUAUCCAACAAGCACGCAACCUGCUUGACAAAAUUCCCAACAGAAGCCGCCAUGGCCGAAUUGUUUACUGGACUUCUUUGCUUACGAAAUACUCGAGAACUGGCUUCAUUGACGAAGCUAGAGUUCUUUUUGAUAUCAUGCCUGAGAGAAAUAUUGUUAGUUACAACGUGAUGCUGUCAGGGUAUUUGCAGUGUGGGAGGUUGACUCUGGCAAGGAAGUUGUUUCAAGAGAUGCCAGAGAGGAAUGUUGUUUCAUGGACUUCGAUGCUUUGUGGGUUAGCUGAUGCAGGAAGGAUUUGUGAGGCAAGAGGAUUGUUCAAGGAGAUGCCAGAGAGGAAUGUUGUCUCAUGGAAUGCAAUGGUUGUUGGGUUGAUUAGGAAUGGGGAUUUGGAGGAAGCAAGGCUGGUUUUUUAUGAGAUUCCAGAGAAGAAUGUGGUUUCUUUUAAUGCUAUGAUUAAGGGGUUGGUGGAGAAUGGUAGGAUGGAGGAAGCCAGGGUUUUGUUUGAGGAGAUGGAGGAUACGAAUGUGAUAACUUGGACUAGUAUGAUAGCAGGUUAUUGCAGGGUAGGUGAUGUUCAGGAGGCUUAUUGUUUGUUCUAUAGAAUUCCUGAUAGAAAUGUUAUUUCUUGGACAGCCAUGAUUAGCGGGUUCACUUGGAAUGGUUACUAUGAAGAAGCAUUAUUGCUUUUUAUCGAGAUGAAGAGGAGUUCUGAUAUAGCACCAAAUGGAGAAACCUUUGUUUCACUUGCUUAUGCUUGUGCUGGUAUGAGGUUUCAUCAUCUUGGCAAGCAGGUACAUACUCAAUUGAUUAUUAAUGGGUCGGAAUACGAUGAUUAUGAUGGCAGGUUAGCCAAGAGCCUUAUUCACAUGUACUCUUCAUUUGGCAUCAUGGAUUAUGCACACUACAUCUUUAACAGGAACUUAAACAGUUAUGUUGUUCAAUCUUGUAAUUGUAUGAUUAAUGGUUAUACUCGGACUGGACAAGUGGAACUGGCUCAAGAAUUGUUUGACACUGUACCUGUUCGGGACAAGAUCACAUGGACUUCAAUGAUCAAUGGGUAUUUUAAUAUUGGCAAUGUUUCUGAGGCUUGCUAUUUAUUUGAAAACAUGCCCGAUAAGGAUGCAAUUGCAUGGACUGCAAUGAUUUCAGGGCUUGUCCAAAAUGAGCUUUUUGCUAAGGCUACCUCUUUCCUUUUGGGAAUGCGGGCUCAUGGUGUUCCACCAUUAAGUUCUACAUAUGCCAUUCUUUUUGGAGCCGCUGGUGCAAUGGCUCACCUUGAUAUUGGGAGGCAGUUGCAUAGCAUGUUGAUGAAAACACUAUCUGACUUUGACUUAUUUCUUGGUAAUUCUCUGAUCUCAAUGUAUGCAAAAUGUGGGGAGAUACAUGAUGCAUACAGCAUAUUCACUAACAUGAAUUAUCGUGACCUAAUUUCUUGGAAUACUAUGAUUAUGGGAUUAGCACAUCAUGGUCUGGCAAAUGAAACACUUAAAGUUUUUAAUGCCAUGCUCCAAUCUGGGACUUGCCCGAAUUCAGUUACAUUUUUGGAAUCCUAUCAGCAUUUGGCCAUACUGGGUUGGUUAGUCAAGGAUGGCAAAUAUUUAAUGCAAUGUGCAAUGUUUAUGCAAUUCAACCAGAGAAGUGCUGACAUCGCUAAACAUGCUGCCAGGCGACUCCUUGAGCUGGAUCCUUUGAAUGCACCUGCUCAUGUUGCACUCUGCAACAUAUAUGCAGCCAGUGGUCAGCAUGUCGAGGAGCAAAAAUUAAGGAAGGAGAUGGGUUUGAAGGGUGUGAGAAAGGUCCCUGGAUGCAGUUGGAUAGUUCUAAAUGGAAAUGUUCAUGUCUUUCUAUCAGGAGAUAAGCUAGAUCCAGAAAUAGAUGAAAUAUUAUUAUUCUUAUUCCAAUUUGAUAUGAGUGGCAUUAUCUUGAUGAUUCCUAUGAGGUCUGAUUCAGAUAAGCCUUUGGCUGGGAAGGAUUGGAUGCAAUAUAGAGUAGCUAAAGUUUUUUCUGCAAUAAAGAUACCAUAUCACUUGUCAAAUAUGGACACUAUCAAGGAAUGCUCUAUUGUCAUAUCUGGUGUUAUGGCAAUAUCGAUAUUGCUUGGAGUAAUUAAUAAAGCUCUCGUGCAAAAUGUUGAAUGCAGCUGGGUUCAUAGAUAUGUUUUAUUGAUAGGAUAUGGAAAAGGUCACACGUUAGUUACUCUGAAGAUUUCCAUGAUUGUCCUUGCUAUCGACUGGCUGGAGGAAGCUCGAUUGCUUCCUAAAAUCCUCAAACCGUUGCUGACUGAAGUUGGGACCCGUUUGAAUAUGAGACUUUGCCUUUUAUUUUUGGUUAUCUACGAGCUGAAGGAGGAGCUUGCUGGGCUAGAUUAUCUGAAGGGGGAGAUGCUUGCUUUAAUGCGUAGUUUGGAGUACGGUGCAAGAGUUCGAGAUGCAGAUUGUAGUUUGCUCAACUUGCCCUCCCGUGCAGACGAGGAUAAUUGA